AUGUUUAUUGAUAAUAUUAUAGAUUAUUGUUCUUCAAAAUUAAAUUAUAAUAAAAGAUAUAUGAAAUGGAAUUUAGUUAAUCACCCAUUAACAACAAAGGAUAAAAGAUUUUGGUUUUUAUUGGUAAUGAUGAUAUUACCCACAAUAGAGAUGGCAUUAUUUAUUCAUGUUAUGAAGGAUAUUUAUAUUGCAAUCGUUGCUUUUCAUAUUACAAUUAUAUUGGUUCCAAUAAUAUACUUAUUUAUAAAUUCAAAAUUUAUUGAUCCAUCAUUAGACAAUAGUAGAUAUAAUCAAAAUUAUAGGAAUGAAAAUUAUGAUUUAAUAAUUAAUAAAUUUAACAAAACAACAUUAAUUAGUAAUUCUUCUUCUUCUUCUUCAAAAAAUAAUAGUAAUAAUAAUAAUAAUAAUAAUAAUAAUAAAAAGAAAAAUAAAAAAAAUAAUAAUAAUAAUAAUAAUAAUAAUAAUAAUAAUAAUUAUAGGAAUGAUAAUAUAUCAAUUGGUGGAAAACAAUAUAAAAGUAAUUUAGCAAUUUAUAAUGACAUUGAUGAUAUAAAUGAUACAGAUUAUUUAAUUGAUAUAUAUUCAAAAGAACAACAAUUUGAACCUCCAAUGUCAUUACCAACUAAAAUAUUUAAAUCUCUAUUUUCAAUACCACAAUUCAUUAUUGGUUUAAUAAUACUAAUAAUUAGUUUAUCAUUUGGAAGUUUAUUUUAUUAUUUAUUUUCUGAUUUUAUACCAAAUACAAUUACGAAAUUAACACAAUAUGGCUUAGUAAAUCCAAUCAUUGAAGAAUGGUGGUGGCGUUGUUUUUUGCCAAAUACUUUUGGUUCUUCAAAAUUACAUAGACUUGUUAUAACAACUUUUUAUGCACUUUAUCAUUUUGCGGUAUUAAUAAUAUUUUAUAAUGUUUAUAUUAGUUCUUUGGCUACAUUAAUAGUAUUUAUUGGUGGUUGGUUAUUUGUAUAUAUAACUAAGUAUGUUGGUCCAUUAGCCUCUAUUCUCGCUCAUUGUGGUGCAGAUAUUAUCAUUGUUUUCAUCAUUUCAAAUAUGACACUUAAUUGGUUCCCCUAUUUACAUUAUAAUUAUUAA